GCUUGGAGAGUGCAUACAUGGCUUGUGUGACAGCAACAGCACACAGAAGCAGCAAUGAAAUGCAGUUAGCAAUACAGCUGGGAGACAGGCAGCAAGGCAGGCACUGGUCCAGUGACUAAAAUGAUCCUACCGUGAGCCAGCCUGCAGUGCCUCCAAAAGUGGCUGACUACUACACAGGAGCUCAGCUUUCUUUGCAAUUACUCCAGUUCCCCCCGGGUGACUGCAGUGUGUGCUCUGAUUUGGUUUUGUUUGCAUUUUUUGUUUCUUCCCCCCCCACCACCCGUCUCCCUCUCUCUCCUCCUGUGUCCUUCUCUCCAGGAUGGCGGAAGCCGAGUUGCACAAGGAAAGGCUCCAAGCCAUAGCAGAGAAAAGGAAAAGGCAGACAGAAAUAGAAGGCAAGAGACAACAGCUUGAGGACCAGAUACUUCAGCUGCAGCAUUUCAAGUCAAAAGCUCUUCGGGAAAAAUGGCUGCUACAGGGAAUUCCUGCUGGCUCUGCAGAAGAGGAAGAAGCCAGAAGGAGACAGUCAGAAGAGGAUGAACUGAAGGUGAAAAAGCUGGAAGAAAACAUACACAGGCUGGAACAAGAAAUACAGAAAUUAGAAAGUGAGGAAUCCCAAAUAUCUGCCAAAGAACAAAUCAUUUUGGAGAAACUGAAGGAGACUGAGAAAUCCUUCGACAACUUGCAAAAGAAUUUCUCACACCAGGAUGGUGAUGCAGUAAAUUACAUUUACUCCCAGAUCCCUGAACUCCCAACCCUCUAUUCACGAACAGCAGAGCCAGUUCCUGGGUGGGACGGAGCAAGCAGAGUAGCUGCUUUGUGCACCAUGGAAAUUAAUGUGGAGAAAGACAAACAGACAGGAGAGACCAAGAUUGUCUCUGCUUCACCUGUUGGCCCAGAUGAGGCCCAUCAAAGAGGAUUCAAAGUCUAUGAUGAUGGUACCAAGGUAGUCUAUGAGGUUCACUCUGGUGGCACAGUGGUAGAAAAUGGAGUACAUAAAUUAAGCUCAAAGGACGUAGAUGAACUUAUGCAAAAAGCUGGACAAUCAAGUGUAAAAGGAGGGUAUGAAACAAUGACUGUGUCAGACAGAAAUGCGGUAGCCGAUGGAAACCUUAGCCAUAUGAAGGAGCAAAUGCUCUUCAAGGAGGCAAAGCUGGAAAUGGUACACAAACCCAGCAAAGGGCAUGCUGUGAACCCUCAGCCCCAAGACAGACCCUGCAGUGGCGAAGCCCCAGAGGCCAGCACAGAUCAGCCAGUGACAAUGAUAUUUAUGGGCUACCAGAACAUUGAUGACGAAGAGGAGACAAAGAAAGUGCUGGGCUAUGACGAGACCAUCAAGGCAGAGCUGGUCCUGAUCGAUGAAGAUGAUGAGAAGUCGUUGCGGGAGAAGACAGUGACGGACGUCUCCACCAUGGAUGGGAAUGCUGCUGAGCUGGUCUCUGGCAGGCCACUGUCAGACACGACAGAGCCCUCCUCUCCCGAGGGGAAGGAAGAGAGCCUGCCCUUGGAAGCUGCCCCAGGUACACAAAAGAAAAAGCGCUGUCAAUGCUGUAUUGUCAUGUGA